GGCAGGAGCGGCAGCCGCGGCGGCGAAGAAGGAAGGAAGGAGGAGGAGGAGGAGGAGGAGGAUCUUUUCGUUCGCUUCCAUCCCCGGGGGCCAUAGAGGCAGCGCGAAUCUCAGGAAAGCGUGCGGAAGCCCCGGCUCGUCAUGCUUUGCAGCCGGUGCUGAACGCACCGAAAGAAAGAAAGAAAGAAAAGAGAGAGGAGGAGAAGAAGAAGAGCGAGAGACAUGCAGGGAUUCGUAAGGUUACGGUGCUGGGGCCGGAAGAUGUAAAUCCCGGCGGUUGCUCUGUCUCAGCGAGACCAGGCAAGCCCCCGCAUCCACAGACUCUUCGCCUGCCGACUUCUUGGAAAAGCCGGGCGCCGGGCUUUAGAAGCGGACGGACCGGCUGGCUUGGCUUUCUUUGGCUCGGCUCGGCUGUCUCCUUCUCCCCCGCCCCCCGUUGGUGGUUGGUUGGUUUUGUGUUUUUGUGGAUGUUUUGCCCGAGUUGAAGUUGCUGCUCGCUCUCUUAAACCACUUCGAGCCCUCCCCGUCCCCUUGUGCGUGUGUUUGUGUGUGGGGUGUGUAACGCGUGUGCAGGCGAGAGAGAGAGAGAGAGAGAGAGAGAGGAGAGGGCGGGACGGAUUUCUCGGUCUGGCAACCCGCAGAUUGGACAGCCGGAGCCCGGGACUCGUCGGCUUCUCUUUCUCUCUCUUUCUUUUUAGGUUCAGAGCCGCCGCUGUCUUUGUCUUCUUUUCCUCCUCUUUGCCUUGCGAGCCAAUUCCCAGCCUCUUUCUUUUUCUUUUUCUUUUUUCCUUUGGGGAAAGCCACGCUGGGCGGGCUUCCCUUCUUCUUCUUCUUCUUCUUUUUUUUUGCCCCGGUUUUCUGGCGCUUGCCUUCUUUCUCUCCCUUCUUCUCCUUGCCUUUUUCCCCCCCCCCCCCCCCGCAUCCCCUCCGCUCCUUCCCUCUGUCCUUCUUCGUCCCUCCUCUCCCCAACCAUCACCACCACCACCCCUUCCUCCCCAGGGUGAGCCCGAAGAUGAAAGACCCGAGGGGAGAAAGUUAACGAAAUCGCCCACAUGCGCUGCAUCAGCCUGAGCCUUUGGGAAAGGAAAUCCGAGAAGGUGGGAGAAGAGAGUUUAAAGUCUUGGCAGGCGGGAAAAUGGCGGACUCAAGCUGAAAGUGUCACUUGGCAAAGUUGGGCGAGCUUUGUGUUCAUCCUCGACGAGCCUCUUGACCCAGAUAGGACACAUGCAGGCCAAAAAACGCUACUUCACCCUCCUUUCGGCUGGCACUUUCGUCGUCCUUCUCUUCUACUUCGGCGGCUUGCAGUUCAGAGCAUCCAGAAGCCAAAGCAGGCGAGAGGCGCGCAGUAGCAGCAGCAGCAGCAGCGGCAAGAAUGGCUUGCAGCGCCCCGAACGCUACUGGCCCCGGUUCCCAGACGCCCUGCGCCCUUUCCUGCCUUGGGAUCAGCUGGAGAGCGAGGAUUACAACCGGCACUCUUCCCCUCGCCAGAAGCGCGACGCCAACGCCGGCGUCUACAAGGGCAAGAAGUGCCGCAUGGAGUCCUGCUUCGACUUCGCCCUUUGCAAAAAAAACGGCUUCAAGGUCUACGUCUACCCGCAACAGAAAGGGGAGAAAAUCGCCGAGAGUUACCAAAACAUCCUGGCCGCCAUCGAAGGCUCCCGCUUUUAUACUUCGGACCCCAGCCAAGCUUGCCUCUUCGUCCUCGGCUUGGACACCUUAGACCGAGACCAGCUUUCCCCUCAGUACGUGCACAACCUGCGCUCCAAAGUGCAGAGCCUCCAUUUGUGGAACAACGGGAGGAAUCAUUUAGUUUUUAACUUAUAUUCCGGCACCUGGCCUGACUACACCGAGGACGUGGGUUUCGACAUUGGCCAGGCCAUGUUGGCCAAAGCCAGCAUCAGUAUGGAAAACUUCCGGCCGAAGUUUGACGUCUCCAUCCCUCUUUUUUCUAAGGAUCACCCAAGGACAGGAGGAGAGAGAGGCUUCUUGAGGUUUAACACCAUCCCCCCUCUGAGGAAAUAUAUGUUGGUGUUCAAGGGGAAAAGGUACCUAACUGGGAUAGGAUCAGACACCAGGAAUGCCUUAUAUCAUGUCCAUAAUGGGGAAGAUGUUGUCCUGUUGACUACCUGCAAGCAUGGCAAAGAUUGGCAGAAGCACAAGGAUUCUCGGUGUGACAGGGACAACGCCGAGUAUGAAAAGUAUGAUUAUCGUGAAAUGCUGCACAAUGCCACUUUCUGUCUGGUCCCCCGGGGCCGGAGGCUUGGGUCCUUCAGGUUCUUGGAGGCCCUGCAGGCUGCCUGUAUUCCUGUGAUGCUCAGCAAUGGAUGGGAACUUCCAUUCUCCGAGGUGAUUAAUUGGAAUCAAGCUGCCGUCAUAGGAGAUGAGAGAUUGUUAUUACAGAUCCCUUCUACAAUCAGGUCUAUCCAUCAGGAUAAAAUCCUAGCACUUAGACAGCAGACACAGUUCUUGUGGGAGGCUUAUUUUUCUUCAGUUGAGAAGAUUGUAUUGACCACACUAGAGAUUAUUCAAGACAGAAUAUUUAAGCACAUAUCCCGUAACAGUUUAAUAUGGAACAAACACCCCGGAGGAUUGUUCGUACUGCCACAGUAUUCAUCAUAUCUGGGAGAUUUCCCUUACUAUUAUGCUAACCUAGGAGUCAAGGCCCCAUCCAAAUUCACCGCCGUCAUCCAUGCAGUUACUCCUCUGGUGUCCCAAUCUCAACCUGUGCUGAAACUCCUGGUUGCAGUAGCCAAAUCCCAGCACUGUGCUCAGAUCAUUGUCUUAUGGAAUUGUGAUAAGCCCCUUCCUGCCAAGCAUCGCUGGCCUGCCACUGCUGUGCCUGUCAUUGUUAUCGAAGGAGAAAGCAAGGUGAUGAGCAGCCGCUUCCUGCCCUAUGAGAACAUUGUCACUGAUGCUGUUCUAAGCCUCGACGAAGAUACGGUGCUUUCAACCACUGAGGUGGAUUUUGCCUUCACUGUCUGGCAGAGUUUCCCAGAGAGGAUUGUGGGUUAUCCUGCCCGCAGCCAUUUUUGGGAUAACACAAAGGAGAGGUGGGGCUACACAUCGAAAUGGACGAAUGACUAUUCCAUGGUAUUGAGUGGAGCUGCUAUUUACCACAAAUAUUAUCACUACCUGUACACUCAUUACCUGCCUGCUAGUCUGAAGAAUGUGGUGGACCAACUAGCCAAUUGUGAAGACAUUUUAAUGAACUUUUUGGUGUCCGCUGUGACAAAAUUGCCUCCCAUCAAAGUAACACAGAAGAAACAGUACAAGGAAACCAUGAUGGGACAGACUUCCAGAGCUUCUCGGUGGGCUGAUCCAGAUCAUUUUGCUCAGAGGCAAAGCUGCAUGAACACUUUUGCCAGCUGGUUUGGCUAUAUGCCGCUGAUCCAUUCUCAGAUGAGGCUCGAUCCCGUGCUCUUUAAAGAUCAGGUCUCCAUCCUGAGGAAGAAAUAUCGCGACAUUGAACGACUUUGAGGAGCCCAGCUGAGGGGUGGGUGGGAGUGAGAACUGAAUAGUUCCCCGAGCCCAGCGCAGAGCCACACACACAUCCUCGAGUCAGACCGCGCCAAGAGCAACUCAACCCAAAAAAAAUUGCGACAUGCCAAUGUAGUAGCCAAGUAGCUCUGGACCCAAAGGGAAGUUGGGAUUGCGCUGGACUGCUUUGAAACACCCCUCAACAGGCUGCAAGGUCCCUCAAGACUAGGUUGUGUACAGUUUCAUUAUGGAACAUUAAAUAAUUAUUUUUUGAAAUGAUUGCUAUGCAGGUUUAAACUUUUUUAAUGAUAAAAAAAAAUCCCUAUUAAAACAGAGUUCUUUCUUUAAUCAAAA